GUACUCGGCAGCCUUGCGUUCAGUGCUCCCUCAGCAGGCUCCCGGGGGGGGGGAACAGAUUCAUUCUCGGUGCGGCUUUCAUAGAAGUCUGCUAUUGCUAUUGCCAAGACGAGACGCAGCCUAUUUAAGACAAUCACAUGAUUUCACUGGGAGUCAAAAUGGUCCACGGGGGUCACUGGGUAGAGAGAGAGAGAGAGCGGCAGAGUGAGCGUGUGUGUUAAAGAGAGAGGGAGAGAGAGACUUUGGAUACCAGUCGGACUGUCUGAGUGAAUAAAAAGAAAAUGACUCGCCUGGAGAGAGGACUUGAGUUGAAGCGAUUUGACGCAUUGGAAUACUGCGCUUGGAAAUGAAUGGAAACCAAAGUGGCCCAAGUGGAGAAGCCUGCAUCUGAAACUCGUUGAUGCCUCAUUCACCACAAGUUCUGCAGAGCUGCAGCGGCGGCUGUUGGACCGGUUUAUUAAAGCUCUCUGGACUGCCGGCAAGUGGCCGUGUGAUUUAGGCUUCAGCUUUUGCGUAAAGGUGACCACCAGCGAUGGCUUUCCUACAGAUUUGUGCAGAGUGGAGAAACUGGACGCGGCCGUUGCUGGUUUUCCAUCUCUUUUGCCUUUUUACUCUGAGCAAAAGCGUGCUUUUGACAAAUGGUGCUGACAGUGUUGAAGCAUCGGCCCUGCUCCGCUCUCUCAAUUUACCUCAACAUACAGAAUAUGAGAUUGUAUCUCCCUACGAGGUCAACCACCAAGGCGUUUACAUCUCUCACGAAGUUGCCCACCACCAGCGUAGAAGGCGACGCAGAUCCCUGGCCCCAGAUGCAGGCUUAUCAAACAGCGACAGCAGCAGCGAAACGGUUCACUUCCAGCUGAGUGGCUUGGGGCAGGACUUCCACAUGGAGCUGAAGGAGGCCUCUGAAAGCCUGAUUGCACCUGGCUUCGCCAUCCAGGUCCUGGGAAAGAACGGCACCAAGAGCCUGAGGGCCUACGAGCAGGACAACCUUUGCUUUUACCAGGGGUCGCUAAGGUCAAGGGUCAACUCCUCGGUGGCACUGUCCACAUGCACAGGGGUGUCAGGUUUGAUCAGAACACAGGAUGUGGAUUACUUCCUGAGACCCGUGUCCCGCAGCCUUGCUCAGAGAGAGAACUUCACAGCACCCUCCAGUCACCAGCCACACAUACUCUACAAGAGUGAGAGAGACUCCCGGACGGAGCAGAAAAGUCACGACCCUCGGGCACUUCAGAAGAGAUCCCCAGAUUCAACUCAUCACAAAUCUCCCAGACACUUUGUCACCAAGAGAUCCAUCAACUCACAGACGGAUCCCGCUUACAACACAGUGAUUGAAGAUCAGAAAAGUGACAUCAGUCACGGUGACCAGAUAGAGCACCAUGACAGUGGCCAUUCCCGCAACAGUCAUCACCAUGAUAAUGACUACAGGCAUGGGGAGAAGCAGAGGCAGCACUUCUGCGGGAGACGGAAGAAAUACAUGCCCAAACCUCCAGAAGACGAUGCCUUUAUCCUUCCAGAUGAGUACAAGUUCAUCCCGAGGAACAAAAGAGCAGUGCUAAUGAAGAACCAGGCCAAUCAGAAGCUUAACGUGGAGACGCUGGUGGUGGUGGACAGGAAGAUGAUGGACAACCACGGCCACGAGAACAUUACCACAUAUGUUCUUACUGUGCUUAAUAUGGUCUCCAGUCUCUUUAAAGAUGGUACGAUAGGGGGGAACAUCAACAUAGUGAUAGUGGGCCUUGUGCUUCUGGAUGAAGAGCAGGAUGGCUUGGUGAUCAACCACCAUGCAGACCACACACUGAACAGCUUCUGCCACUGGCAGUCCACUCUGGGAGGCAGACAGGGCCGACACCACGACCACGCCAUUCUCCUCACAGGACUCGACAUCUGCUCUUGGAAGAAUGAACCAUGCGACACUCUUGGCUUUGCUCCAAUUAGUGGGAUGUGCAGCAAGUACCGGAGCUGUACCAUUAAUGAGGACACAGGCCUGGGUCUGGCAUUCACAAUCGCCCAUGAAUCCGGACACAAUUUUGGAAUGGUCCAUGAUGGUGAAGGAAACGUUUGUAAGAAGUCAGAAGGCAACAUCAUGUCUCCAACAUUAGCAGGUCACAAUGGUAUCUUCUCCUGGUCUGCCUGCAGCCGCCAGUACCUCAGCCGUUUCCUCAAUUCUGCCCAGGCUGUGUGCUUAUCAGAUGAACCCAGAGCAGUCAAGGAGUAUCAGUACCCUGAAAAGCUGCCUGGCGAGCUGUACGAUGCAGACACACAGUGUAAAUGGCAAUUUGGGGAGAAGGCCAAACUCUGCACCCUGAACUUCAAGAAGGAUAUCUGCAAGGCUCUGUGGUGCCACCGUGUUGGGAGGAAGUGUGAGACCAAGUUCAUGCCAGCUGCUGAAGGCUCUGCCUGCGGCCCUGAUAUGUGGUGUCGUAGGGGCCAGUGUGUGAAACAGGGUGACGAGGGCCCGAGGCCUCAGCAUGGUCAUUGGUCAGAGUGGUCGUCCUGGUCUGUCUGCUCACGAAGCUGUGAGAGCGGAGUCACCUAUCGAGAGAGGCAGUGCAACAACCCCAGACCUGCAUAUGGAGGGAAGUUCUGUGAGGGCUCCUCCAGGUCGUACAAACUUUGCAACACUGAGGAUUGUCCCCCCAACGCCACUGACUACAGAGCGCAGCAGUGUGCUGAGUUCAACGGCAAACAGUUCAGGGGAUGGUACUACAGCUGGAGACCAUACAGUAGAGUGGAUGAUCAAGAUGUAUGUAAGCUGUACUGCUUUGCUGAAGGCUAUGAUUUCUUCUUUGCCCUGGCCAGCAAAGUUAAGGAUGGGACACUCUGCUCACAGGACAGCUCUAAUGUCUGUAUUGACGGACUGUGUGAGAGAGUGGGCUGCGACCGUGUUUUGGGCUCCACAGCUGUGCCUGAUGCUUGUGGGGUGUGUAAAGGAGACAACUCCACCUGCAGGAUCUACAAAGGCCAGUACACCAAGCAGCAUUAUACCAACCAGUACUAUGGGGUGGUAACCAUCCCAGCAGGAGCUCGGAGUAUCCGUCUGAUGGAACUGAAUACGUCCAGCUCCUACCUGGCUGUCAGGGACACCCAGAGACACUACUACCUGAACGGCCACUGGACGGUGGACUGGCCAGGCAGACACCCUAUCGCUGGAGCUAUUUUUGAGUACAAGAGACCCUACAACAGACCAGAGAGCCUCAUAUCAACUGGCCCUACUAAUGAGACACUAGUCAUAGAGAUAUUGUUGCAGGGCUGGAACCCAGGUGUACGCUGGGAAUACACUCUGAAGAAAGCUGAUGAGAAAAGGAGCCACAUCAAACACAAUUAUACAUGGGCCAUCAUACGCUCCCAAUGCUCAGCAACUUGUGCCGGAGGCCAAAUGAACACCAAGUCUGCGUGCUACAAAGACUUGAGAGCGCAAGUGAAUACGUCCUACUGCAAUCCCAGAUCAAGACCAGCUACUGGACUGAUGCCCUGCAACACCAAACCAUGUCCCGCCAGCUGGUCUGUAGGAGAGUGGGGGGUGUGCAGCCGGAGCUGUGGAGGAGGGGAGCAGACGCGGCAGGUCCAGUGUGUCCAGAGAACCAGCCAGACCAAUGUAGACGCCCUUGCCGACUCUCACUGUGCCCAGCCCACCCCAGCCAGAAGGCAAGCCUGCAACACACACAGCUGUCCACCAGUUUGGACCACUGGGCCAUGGUCACAGUGUUCUCGUAAGUGUGGCAACGGCUCAAGGAAGAGGACGGUGCUGUGUACGAGCACCAACCCAGGUGCCCAGACACACUCACUGCCAGACAGUUUGUGCGCAGGCCUGUCAAAACCCACCAAUCAAGAAUCCUGUUUCAUCAAACGCUGCCAGAAACAACGCAAAGUCCAGUGGUUUGUCUCCACGUGGCAAGAGUGUUCAGUAACAUGUGGUCGUGGCUAUCAGGCACGCUUCAUCAAGUGUGCAGAGAAGGACACUGCAGGAAAGUACAGAGAGCUUGCUGCCAAGAAGUGCCACCAUGUCCCCAAGCCCACAGUAGAGCUCCAGAGGCCCUGCAUCCUGGCCGAGUGCCAAGUCCGCACUACCCCACCAGUCCACAGAUGGAGCACGCAUCAUCGUGCCUAUCCACCUCAACCCCUCCCUCAACCUCCGCCUCGAGCAGAAUGGCACUCAUCUCCUUGGUCUCAGUGCACAGUGACAUGCGGCGGAGGAGUGCAGGCCAGGACAGUCCAAUGUCUGGUCCAAGGGAAGCCCUCUCCUGGCUGUGCCCUCCAUCUUAAACCCUCAAUGUCCCAGGCCUGCAACACCAACUUCUGCCCACAACCUGAGAAGAAAGACCUUGUGUGUCGGGAUUACUUCAACUGGUGUUACCUGGUACCCCAGCAUGGAGUCUGCAACCACAAGUUCUAUGGCAAGCAGUGCUGCCAAUCCUGUUCAAAUUCAAACCUAUAAUCAUACAGAGUGACUCUGUCUGUGACACAAACAGAUAGUAGUAGUUAGAUAGACAAAAGACUAAAUUCGACGCCCAUGCUUUAAGCGUGUGGCGAGCACUGAAAAACAAAUGACACUUCAUUGGAAGUGCAAGAGAGUUGCGGUGCCCUUUCUUCUCCCUGUGAUGCCGGACAUCUGGAUACAAGAACUUGAUUCACUACACAGGAAUGUGAUCAGGACAGUACAACUAAAGGAGAGAAUUAUGAGGAGGAACUAGCAAAAUGGGGAUCUUGAUUAAAGCGAAUAGGACUGACAUAUCUAAAAGAAACUGAAAACCUUAAAAAGCCCAGCUUUGUUUAUGUACUGUAUGUGAUUGAACAGAUCUGUACCCAGGACACCCAACAUCUCCCAGUCAACCAAAGGCCAAUGAUGGCAGGCCAACAGAGAAAACAGUUGAUGAGGUUUCAGGCACUGUCACGCAACAACAUGUGAUAAGGCCUGGUCUGCACUGCAAUUCUUGAUCAAUUGAAAAUCUGGGGUUUGAUAAUGAAAAGGGAUGAAUCAAAGAAGCAAGUAAGAAAACAUAAUUUUACUCUACGGCUUGAUACAAAACAGACUGGGAAUAAUCAAAGUGGGCUUUCUCAAUAGCUUGACAAUAGCAGGAAGCUUUGUGUUGUCAUGUAAAAAAAAAAGAAGAAGAAGAGAACAAAACAAAAUGCAUCAUACAUAAGAGCUAUUUUGAGAUGGGUCAAAGUUGGGUGAACUGACUUUCAUACUCAGCGGUGCUACAACAAUGUCUUCUGUCACCAAAUCUAUGUGAAGUCCUCAAGUUUCAGGAAAGAACAAAAGAAUUGUGUGACCCGUGUACAGUAUUGUUUGUCUUAUUUAUUGGCUUUACAAUACAGCGUUGCUGGAAGACUGUAUUAUUAAGCAGUAUAAAUGUGCCAUUGUAUUACUCUACCCUAAGCCCAUUACCUUUAUAUUUUUUGUAUUAUGUUUCAUAGUAUUUCAUGCUGACAAACUGCACAACUAACACAUUUUUUAUUCAAAACAUUUAUUUUAUUUUUGAAGAAAAUAAAAGUCAAUGUCAAAAAUGUCAACGUCAAAUGUCAACAUUACUGAUCAUUUACAACAGCGGUCGAGUGGAAAUCUUUUUUCAUGACAUAAGGUAUAAACAUGCUGUCUGAAGUGUCACUGCUCCGUUUUUUCAUUACACUGCCCUACAGUUUUACACAAGUCAUGUAUUGCAUGCAUUAAUAUGGAACAAAAAGAAUGCAUUACCUAUAUGGUUAUGGUUCAAAGCACUGAUGGGUGAUGGCUUUUUCAAUGUGAUUUUUACAAUGUAAAUGAAAUAACAAUAAACAAAAGUGUGUC